AAGCUGCAGCCGGAAUUGGUCCUGAAGGACGGAAGCUGGGGGGCGGGGCCAGACGGAGCCUGGAACGACCCGGGAGGAAAAGCGGAGUGCUUGUGGCUGUGCUGCCCCUCCCCUAGUCCCGGCGCGCCUGGAGGGGCCCAGCCGGGGUGCUGCGAGGGCUCCGGGAGGCAGAAGGCUAAGCAUGGGGAAGAGCUGCAAGGUGGUCGUGUGUGGUCAAGCAUCUGUGGGCAAAACUUCAAUCCUGGAGCAGCUUCUAUAUGGGAACCAUGUAGUAGGUUCUGAGAUGAUUGAGACACAGGAAGACAUCUACGUGGGCUCCAUUGAGACCGACCGGGGGGUGCGGGAGCAGGUGCGUUUCUACGACACCCGGGGGCUCCGGGAUGGGGCCGAGCUACCCCGGCACUGCUUCUCCUGCACUGACGGCUAUGUCCUGGUCUACAGCACGGAUAGCCGAGAGUCCUUUCAGCGUGUAGAGCUGCUCAAGAAGGAGAUCGACAAAUCCAAGGACAAGAAGGAGGUCACCAUCGUGGUCCUUGGCAACAAGUGUGACCUACAGGAGCAGCGGCGUGUAGACCCAGACGUGGCUCAGCACUGGGCCAAGUCCGAGAAGGUGAAGCUGUGGGAGGUAUCUGUGGCUGACCGCCGCUCUCUGCUGGAGCCCUUCGUCUACCUGGCCAGCAAGAUGACCCAGCCCCAGAGCAAGUCUGCUUUCCCCCUCAGCCGCAAGAACAAGGGCAGCGGCUCCUUGGAUGGCUGAAGACCUGUCAUCCUUCCUCCACUUUCCCAGCCUCCUUCCAGCUUCUGGGGCUCUGGGAGAUAUAUCCAGGGGUGGGGUUAGACAAGCUGUCCUUCCCAGGCCAGGCAGCUGGGCUGUCCCAGGCUCAGGUUGCUUUUGCUCCCUCCCAGCCUUGGGAAGUGGAGAUAAUCUAGGUUAGUGCCCCCCAAAGCCUCCCUCCCCACCAGCUCUCAUCAUACCUGCCCUCCAUGACCUGGGGCAGUUGUGGUCAAUGUCCCCUUCCACCUGCCCUGGACGGGAAGCUGAGCUGCCAUGCACAAGUGCCCAGUCUAGGCUCUGGUUCCUGUCACAGGGGUCCCCCACCUGUGAGCUUUCUGCCAGUGACAGACAGACAGACAGACACACACACACACACACACACACACACACUCAUACUCAUGGCACCAGACUGGACUCCAGAGGAAGGGCGUCCAGGUAUUAUGUACGUGCGUGUAGACGUGUGCACAAGUGCAUGUGUGUGCAUGCUGGUGUCCAACUCUGACCCCCUCACCUUUCUCCUGUCCUCUCCUUGGCUGGAAGAAGCCAGCCUCCUGGGAAGUGUAAUUUUCUGCUUUAACUCCCCCCCCCCCACCCCCCAAUUGUUUUGCUUCUUCUUCCUGCUCAGGGAGCACAUGGCCCUUAUUGGCUGAGGUGGAAAGGAAGGAUGGCUGGGCUUCACCAGCUGGCUUUGGGACCCUGCAAGUCCUUUCCUCUCUCUGGGUUUCAGUUUUCUCAUCUGUAAGGUGACGGGAGUUGCUUAGAUGAUCUUCUGGAUCCUCUCCAGCCCUCUGAUUUUAUAAUACCUGUGGCUUGGGGCUGGCUCUUACUGUACCCUUUGCUUCUCCCUCUUCAAGGUGCUAUGCCCACUGGCCCUGGAGGCUGAGACACUGCUCUCCCCCAACCACCAGGGGGCAGGCGUGCACUGCCUCUAGCUGCCAGAGCGGCCGCCCGCCCAGUGCCCGAUCAGCCCACCUCACACCCGGUGGGGCCUGGCCUUCACCCCUUCCUGUGGUUGUUUUCAGCUGAUAGCUGGACUCCUAUUUAUAAAUUACCUGUGUUUAUAUGCCUGCUGCCAUGGUGAAGGCUGGACAAGGUGCUCCUCUAGCCCUUCCUUACCUCAGAUGCCUGAAUAGAACAAGGCAAACCAGUAGCAGCUUCUCAGGAGCUGACAGAUCUGUCGGGGCUCAGAAGGGUGGUUACACUUUCAACAUGCUAUCAAGUGAGCUUGUAACCCACGACUUCCUGUGUCCACUUCAUGCUUCUAAUGUGCACACCCAGCAGAGAUGAGACACCAGAGCCAGAGCCAGGUGACCUCUAGUCCACACCCCUUCUCCCCGGGAUGGGAGAGGUGAAUAGGGCAGGGCUGGGUGAGUGGAAUUAGGGCAUCUACAGGCUCGGGCUUGAAUUCAUUUAUUGAUGCAUUGGACACAAUAAAACCACAACUGUUAUCAAAAGGUUCCCCUCCCCUCCCCCCUUCUUGUCCUCCCAUUGGAAAUAUCUAAAAAAGGAAAAGAUACAGGUGGAUACUGGCAAAGUCCCAUAUUGUGGGGUGACAGAGCAGUGCUGGGGGGUGGGAUGGAGGUUGUGACAUUAACUUUGACAGCAUGAAAAUGGGUCUUGAGUGUGUCAGCCUGGAUCCCAACACUCAGCUUCACAGUGAGGGGGCAGGAUUCUGCUUGGGAGGAGGGGAAG